UGAAGUAAAAACAAAAAUAAGCUUCUUGAAUGAAGAGACAGACAAUGUAUCGCUGUCGUUUGAAAGCGCCCCAAAAGCCUUACUUUAUCACCAACGGGCGCAGAAGUGACAUAAAGUAAGCUCGGGGAGAGUGCUGGUCGCGGUUCUCCACUAACAUCGGCAUGAUGAUGGACGAAGACUUUCUGCUGGCUCUUCAGCUGCAGGAGCAGUUCGACCAGGAAGCGUCGGCCUCCUCCUCCUCCAGUUCUGAACAAAGCAGUAACAAGAAGAGACGAGUGGCUCCAGACGAGGUCCGGAUCAUCCCGUACGCCGGUGGCGGCUCUCUGCACCCCGAGCGGCCCCUGUCGAUCGUGGACGAGUCGUGGGAGCUGCUGGACCCCAACCCUGACGUCAGGGCCAUGUUUCUGGCCUUCAACGACAUGUUCUUUUGGGGCAAACUCAGCGGGGUGGAAGUGAGGUGGAGCCCCCGGAUGACCCUGUGUGCGGGUUUGUGCUGCUAUGAAGGCCGGGGGGGACUGUGCUCAAUUCGACUCAGUGAACCGUUGCUGAAACUAAGACCGCGCCGAGAUCUGGUGCAGACCCUCCUGCAUGAGAUGAUCCACGCUUUGCUCUUUGUGACCCAGAACAACCGAGAUCGAGAUGGACACGGUCCGGAGUUCUGCAAGCACAUGGACAGAAUCAAUAAAGCCAGUGGCACAAAUAUCACUGUAUAUCAUACCUUUCACGAUGAAGUGGACCUGUACCGCCAGCACUGGUGGCGCUGUAAUGGACCGUGUCAAAACCUGAAGCCUUUCUUUGGCUACGUCAAGCGAGCCAUGAACCGGGCUCCUUCGGCCCAGGACCCAUGGUGGGCAGACCACCAGCAGUCCUGUGGGGGCACUUACAUUAAAAUCAAAGAGCCAGAGAACUAUGGGAAGAAGGACAAGAAGGACCAUAACAAAGACACAAAGGGUCACACACAACCUGCAAACAGAAGCAAAUCAGGUUUGCAGGACAUAAGAAAUGUUCUUCCGUUCAGCGGCAAAGGCUUUGUCCUUGGGGGGAACCCUCGGCCAGCCUCACCUGAAAAACAGCCGGAGCUCAGUAACGCCAGACUACCAUCGAGUACGUUUUCGGGAAAAAACCACAAUGGACCUGGCCAGGCCAGUCCAGGGAAGAUCGGGGGUCAAGCCACCGUGAGCUCUGGUUCAAGUGGACCGCAGAACCUGCCCAAGAGACCAAAUUCUCUAAAUAAAAAGUCUGUCAGCAACACCAAGGCAUUUGUCAAUAUAAAUGGAUCUCCAGUUCGAAUUUCAGGGACCCUCAACACCAAUUUCAGCAGGGUAAAGCAGAAAUCAUUCAGUGACCUCUUCAGCCCCGGUGGAGCCAAGUCUGCUCCAUGGGCAGGACAGAGCUGUAUAAGUUCUAGUGCCUCCACUAGCACCUCCUUCAAGACCACAGGACCGUCGUAUGCUGAAAAGGACGGAGGCGCGUCAGCAGAUUUACGAGACACAGCCUUUACCAGCAAUUCCGUGAACCUUGGACGGGCUCACAGCAAUCAUUCUUCCAACCCUGCAGACUCGAGGCCUGGUUCUGGUUUUCAUUCAGAACAGAUCAGGUCACCUAAAAAGCCAUCAUCCACCCUUCCUAUUUCCAAGAAAAGGCCUUGGGAGGGCAUCACCUCCACGAACAUCUGUGAUUUUUUCAAAAGGAAAACAGGCGUGUCUUCUGGGGUCGUGGAUACGAGGGAGACUCCUGCUCCAGCUGCCACCUGUUCUUUCUCCCAACCAGCCCUUCAGGCAGCCCCUGCUGACACCACGGAUCCCAGGGUUAGGUGCCCCGUGUGUCAGAUCCCUGUGCCUGAGUCAAAGAUCAAUGAGCAUUUAGACUCCUGUCUCACAUGACUGGCAGCCCUACAGACCUGCUGUAGACAUCACCGUGAGAGGAAACGUUAAAUAAUAGCUGAUGCUAUUUAAAAAGAAAUGAUUAUAAGAAGUUUUUACAGUGAACAUUGGGUCCAUAUAAUUGUCUGUGUAGUUUCAGCAGUAUUUAAGUUCCACUGAAGCAGAUUCUUUAAAGUUGCAGACCUCAAGAGUUACAGAUGUUCCUUAUCCAACAAAAUGUCACAAUUUGAAAUCUACAAGCUGUUAACUGUCAGAAGGGGGGAAUGUCCCCCUUUGAUAUCGGGAGGUUUGAACAUUACUGAACAACAGUGUUCCUUUACAAAGAGUAGCUCUGUGACAAGCAAAUUGUGCUCCUUGUGCGUAAUGGAGCGUUUUUGUUAUUUGUCAGCUUUGAGGUUUCACUUUGAAAUGUGAUGUACACACCUUGGAUCCCAGUGUUUCCGUUCCCAGGCUAAGCCUUCUUAUCCAAAUUUGCUCCUCCUGCUAUGGUAGUAACAAAACCAAAGC